CGUCACCGACCGUACACUGAGUGAGCCGUGUCGCCUGGGUGGACAGUAUAGUUACAUCAACAUUAAGGGGAAUAAAAUGCCGCGGAUUUGUGUAAAUAAAGACGCCGCUUCAGCGUUUUUAUUUCCCGCCUUUUGAUCGAGUCUGAAGGUUUGAGGAGCGCGCGGCGGCGAGCUGAUUCCGGUGUUUAUCGGAGAAUAUCGGGAGGGACGUUCUCACCGCAGCAGCUGCUGGAAAAUUGCUCUCAAGUCUCUUCUGAAUAAGCAAUGAACUAAGGACCUGCGGCGCCGCUCUCACCUGUGCUGCACCUGUUCGCUGCUGCUGGCCUUCAGCUGGAGGCUCGGCCGUGUGGUCUCACCUGGAGAGGGACAUGUGCGUGACAGUGAAGCCUCAGAUGCUCGACUGUGCCUGAGCUUCUCCUGCAUCUCCAUCCUCAUCUUCAUCAAGGACCUCUUCAUCUGACCUGCAUCAACAUUCGUCGUAACAACCACAAAGCAUCAUGGGUAGAAAAAAGAUCCAGAUCCAAAGGAUCACGGAUGAACGGAACAAACAGGUAACAUUUACGAAACGGAAGUUUGGGCUGAUGAAGAAAGCCUACGAGCUGAGCGUGCUGUGUGACUGCGAGAUCGCCCUGAUCAUCUUCAACCACGCCAACAAGCUGUUCCAGUACGCCAGCACCGACAUGGACAAGGUGCUGCUGAAAUACACCGAGUACAACGAGCCGCACGAGAGCCGGACAAACGCAGACAUCAUCGAGACUUUGAGAAAGAAAGGCUUUAACGGCUGCGACAGCCCAGAACCGGACGGAGAAGACUCCAUCGACCAGAGUCCGCUCAACGACGACAAGUUCCGCAAGACCACCGAAGACCUGGACGUUCUGUUCAAGCGCUACGGACAGUCAGCGGCUCCGGCCCAAACCUUCUCCAUGCCAAGUGCAGUCCAGCCCACCAAUCAGAGCCCGCUGCAAUUCAGUAACCCCGGCAACGCGCUGGUAACUACCUCCUAUGUCACAUCAUCGUCGCUCACGGAAACCCAUCUCCUGUCGCCGCAGCAACCGGCUCUGCAGAGAAACACAGUCUCUCCUGGGCUGCCACAGCGACCGGCCAGCGCAGGUGCUCUUCUAGGAGGAGAUCUGAACAAUUCAAACGGAGGAUGUCCAAGUCCAGUCCCUAAUGGAUACACCAGCGCUAGGGCCUCCCCAGGUCUCCUCACCGUCUCCAACGGCAACAGUCUGGGAAAAGUAGUCCCGGCCAAGUCGCCGCCCCCACCCCCCAGCCCCCAGAUGGUCAACAGUCGCAAACCAGACCUCCGAGUCAUCACCUCGCAGGGCGGGAAGAGCCUGAUGCAGAUGACAGAGGAGGAGCUGGAGUUGGUAAACGAGAACGCCCAGCGGCUGGCGGCCGGGGCGCAGGCGGCGCAGACCCUCACCACGCCGGUGGUCUCCGUGGCCACGCCCAGCCUCCUGGCGCAGGGGCUGCCCUUCUCCGCCAUGCCCACGGCGUACAACACAGAGUACCAGCUGACCAGCGCCGACAUCAGCGCGCUGCACGCUCUGGCGUCUCCCGGCGGUCUGCUGCCGACCAGUGUGUCGUCAUGGCAACAGCAGCAAGCCGUUUCCCAGCAGCCCCAGCAACAGCAGCAAACACAGCAGCAGCAGCUCAACCUGGCGUCUCUGGGAAACCUGGUCAUGUGGGGCGUGGACAAACAGAGCAGCGAGCUGUCUAGCCAGGUGUCCAGUCUGGCUGCCAAUCUGAGUGUUGGCUCUCCGUCCAACCUGCUCUUGGGUAGAGAUGAGUGGUUGGGCCGGCCGGUGACCCACAUCCCUCAGGGCGCCAUGCUGACGGUCAACACCAGCUCCAGCGUGAGCAUCAAGUCGGAGCCCGUCUCGCCCGGCCGGGACCGCAGCACGCCGUGCACGCUCCCGCCCUCCUCCACCACGCCGUCGUCCACGUCCGGGGGGGCCGUGCUGACCGCCCCCCCACAGUACCCCGGUUCGCUGCUGUGCCUGGAGCCGCCCACCGGACGCUCGCCCGCCGACAGCGUCAGCAGCAACGCCAGCUCCUUCGACGGCAGCGACCGCGACGACGCCGGCCGCUAAACCCAGACUGUUCGGGGCUCGCCAAGAACUUCAGGAAGUAGAACUCAUGGAGGGGGCGGGGCUGUAGUGGACCCCGCCUCGUUUGGAGAUUUAUACACCUGUUGUGAUUCUUUCUGUUGGUAGGAAUGUUUUUCACUUCAGGCCACGCCUACUUGUACUCUCCACCUGGUUGCUGUCUCAUGGAGCUUUAAGGCGACUCGCCUGUUCAAGCGCCACCUCACGAUAUCAGUGACGUCCAUUUGAAGCUGCACUAACGACCUCGGUUCGCUGGACUCCUGCCGGGGUCGGCUCCGCCUCUGCAGCGGCCCCUCCCCCGCCUGAGGCUGACGCCAUCCUUUGUAUCGCAUAGGAAGUUCCUGCACCUCCUCCUGCGGAGCGCCGCGGCGUUUCAGGCGGAGCUGGUAUUCUGGAGUCUUGAAGGUCCGGUUGUCGUCCAGAAUCAGAACUUUGUAUAAAAUCCUCGUAUCCAGAAGCUUUGAUGUCCUCUUUAGCGCUCUCUCUCUGUGCUCCACAAAGUGAGCGACGGCGUUUUCUAUAUUUGUACGGCGAGGACCUCCGGCGCCACGGCGUGCGUGUACAUAUGACUCGUGGCUUAGACUUUGCUAGGUCUCCUGUGGAUCUGUUUGCAUAUUUUGAGUGUGACUUCGACGUGUCGUGCGGCGUGCAGGACGGGCGCCAUGCGGACGCCAUGCGUAGUUUCUCUUCUCGUGUUGAUGGUGUGCGCACUCGGCCCCCCCGGCGAGGCGUCUCGGUGUGGGGGGGCCACACGUUUUUAAAGUCAUUUUCUUCUUCUUCUCUGUUCACUUAGUGUAGUCAUAGAGACGGAAGACGCUUCAGGGUCCCGUCGUCCACACGGAGCAGACGCCUCUUCUAAGAUAGUGAAGUGAUGUUUUAGGAUUCUUGUAUCAUGAACCAGUUCAGAUCGUGAGUGUACCCCCCCAAUCACUUUAGCAGGAACAGCUGUGCUGCUCGCUGCGUCCAAUCAGGCGUUUCUCCUGAACUUCAGGCGAGUUCUGUCGUCCUCCAGCAAUCAGCAGAAACUCUGACCCCCCGGUGAGAACAGGAAGUUCUGCCUCUAAUGUCAGUCGUGUUUCCUCACCUCCCGCCGCUCCAGGACAAACCUCCAGACUGUCCCGACUGUCGACCUGCAGGACGAGUCCGGAACAGAACCUCCUGACCUUUGACCUCCCGAGGGGUUACGGGACGCAGACAAGCCGUGGCAGGAGGCCCCGCCUCUCCUCCCUCGGCGAGGACGAACAGUUUGAAAGGCCGACCUGCAGACAAUCUGCCGGAGCGUUUUUGGUGUUUUUGGAGUCUCCCUCUCGGGGUUGCUUUGUGCUGGUGACAGUCUCAUGGUCCAUUCUUAUGAUAUCUAGUUCUGGAGCUUCUUCAUCUUUCUCUCUCGUGUAGGACGGCCUACAGUCGGGUUUCCUCUCAUCAGAAUCACAGGACGGCUUUCCUUCUCCGAAACAACCGGCUGAGAACGCGUUCUUGUGACGUUGGCAGAUGCAAUGAAGGAAACGCCAGUUUAAUGCUGCAGUUUUCAUUAAGAUAUAGAAUAUAUUUAUAAAACAGCUCCUGAGUCACUGAUGGAAACAUGCAUGGGUCCAGUCACCAGAGGAUCGGUCCGACAGCUCAGAUCCAUGUAGCAUAUGAAAUACUAAAGAUGAAAUUUAUAGCUAAUAUAUUGUGUUGAGCUGGUCUGCUUUGGGUUUAUUGUAAAGAUUUUCUUUUCUUUUGGUUUUUGAGAAUGAUAUACAGUUUGUGUAUAUUUUCAUAUUAAAGUAUGCACUGAUAUGUUAUUGAAAUUCUAUACCGCUUUUACAGAAAAGUGUUUGUUGUACCAAAGUAUCCAAGUCCCUUGAAUCCUUCUCCUUUUUGCGUAUGUUUUACCGUAUUUUAUAUAUUAAAUAGACAAAUGGAGUGAAAAGGAACCAGAA